CGUAUCCGUAAAGGUGACCUGGCAUACUAUUCUAAGCCUCAACUGCGGACUUGACUAGUGGUGGAGUUACAGCCACAGCCACAGGGCCGCACCUUUGCUCCAUAAAAUCCGCCGGAAGCGGAACCCGCGCGCGCCGCUCCCGUUCUUCUUAGUUACCCCCGGGCCGCGAACCUCAUCCCGCCGCGAAGUGUCGAGGCUCCGAACCACCUACGCCCGCUUUCUCGUGAUCCCGUCUCUUUCGGGCCCCGACUUCAUCCAACCCCCGGGCGUUUCUCCUUGGCAUCCUCUGUACGACGACAACCUAGAUUUCGGAUCUCAUUCAACCCGCCCCGCCGGAUCAAUUCCGAGUCUCAGAGGAACCACCCUUGCUUCUCGGGGUACCACUUACCCCUUCCUGAAGUGAAGCUACCUCGAUCAGAUUUGGCAACUCGUCGCCGAGUCAAGAAAUGGACGCCGGAUCUUCUGCCGGGGCUGGUCCCUCCGCUGCUGGCGGCGUGGGCGGCGCCAACCUCCCCAUCAAGCGAGCGUGCGAUGCUUGCCGUGCCCGUAAAAUUCGCUGUGAUAGAGAGGAACCAUGUGCCCACUGCCAGCACGCCGGCAUCGAGUGUAAAAACACAUCGGGGCUCAAACCCAAAGAGAAGAGAACCCGUAUUCUCAUCACGCCUCAAUAUGAAAAGAAGAUCGACCUAAUAGACCGCCGCCUCGACGGCGUAGUCCGUCUCCUCGAGGACCUCAAACUCCAGUUCCCCCUCCAAGCACCAGCAUCAGCAGCACCAUCAACGGCAGCCUCAGUCUCGGGAUCGACCGCCACCCCCGGAGGAGGAGCAUCAGGAGGCGGCCCGCCGGCGCCCAUUCAGCUCAAGACCAUCACCUCGACCUCCAUGUCAACGACACCAGCCAGCACGUCUACACAACAGCAGCACACGACAGACCCCCUGGUCGAGGGCGAGUCCUCCAUGACGGCCCAGUCCAUCUUCGCCCACGACUUCCUCCGCAAGACCGUCGGCGACGGGUCCUCGGUGCUCGAGAUGCGCGAGACCCUCGACGCCCUGCACUCGCUCGUCGAGGCGCUCCGCCACCAGCCCGCAUCUCACGAGCUGACAUACCCGCAGGCGAAGCCCGUGGCCAGGCCGGCGUUUGGCGAGUGCGAGAUGCCGGCUGUGCAGUCUGCCGUCAACAUCAUCCGCGAGGCGAAAGCUCAAAAGACGCUGGGCCUGGAAUGGGUGACGACCUUCCUGCACCCGGACCACUUCACGGACCUGGUCCUCAAGGUCUACUUUGCGCCGACAGAGUUCAACGAGGCCGAGUUCAUCAUCGUCAACGCCGGCCUCGAGAGCCUGUACACCGACAUGACGCAGUCCAAGACGGCGACGGCGCAGCUCAGGGAGGAGUGCGUCAAGAUGGGCACCCUCUGUCGGGGGAACCUCCAGACCGCCCUCGCUAAUCUGCCUUUACACCUUCCGGCCACGAUGGACAUGAUUGUAGCCCUCUUAUUUGGUGCCUACCACGCAAUGGAAGUCGCAAAACCAAGCCUCGCCUGGACCUUGAACGUAGCCUCGGCCCAGCUCUGCCAAACACUAGGCUACCACCGCGCAGCAUCAUCCUCCUCGUCCUCACUCUCCACAAGCGGAACCGGCACGGGACCAUGCAACACCACCACCACCACCACCACCGGCCCCACCACCACGAACCCAGACGACGAAGAAUACAAAAUAUUCCUCUUCUGGUCCGUCUACUUCAUCGACAAGUCCCUCUCCCUCCGCCUCGGCCGCCCCUCGACGAUCCAAGACUACGACGUCACGGCUCCCUACCCCUCGAGCGCCAGCAAGAUGCACGGCGCCCUCAUGAGCUACUUUCGUCUAUGGGUCAUUGUCUCGCGCAUCCAGGGCAAGACGUACGAGCAGCUGUACAGCCCCGAUGCGAUUGCGCAGCCGAGCGGCGUCAGGGAGGCGAGGGCGAGGGGGUUGGCGGAGGAGUUGAGGAGGGUCACGGACCGGACGCAGGAGACACAUUCGCAGUAUUUGAAGUCGGCUAUCGAGGCCGUGGGAGAAAACACAAUGGACUUUUUCAACGUGUCAGAUGAGGUCCUGAGGCUGUCGCUGCUGACAAUCAUCUACCGCGCCGUUCCCUCGCCCCCUGGGUCCGCGACGACUUUCAAAACAGAGUGCAUCAACGCCGCGAGGGCGACGCUGCAGCGGCACGAGGAUUGCAUGGCCAUCAUGGCCAAGGACGCAUACUACCUGUUUCCCAUGUACAUGAACUGGACCAUCCUCUUCUCCCCCUUUGUACCCUUCAUCGUAAUCUUCUGCCAGGUCAUAGAAACAAGCGACACCUCAGACCUCGCGCGUCUCCAAGGCUUCGUCACCUCGAUCCAGGGCGCAAAGGAGUUCACCGAGGCGUCGGCGCGGCUGUAUCGCCUCUUUCAGGUGCUGUAUAACGUCGCGUUCCGGUACGUUGAGAUGCGGAGUCACGGUGGCAGCAAUGGCAACAACAGCAGCGCGCAGCAGCAGUCGGAGGAGCAGGGCCAGGAGAUGGAUAAGUAUCUCACGGCGCUCGGGUUCCCGCCGGCGUCUGGGCAUCCGCAGCCGUCGUCGUCGGAAGUGGGGCCUGGGUCGGAGCAGAUGUCGGGGAUGACUAGCGGAGAGGACGGGAUGAAUGGUACCGGGGCCGGAUCGGGUGCGCUGAAUCAGAUGAUGUGGAUGGGGAACGCGGCGCAGCUCGAGGAUUGGUUUUAUAGUAACCAGCAGAUGAUGGGUCUUGUCGAGGAUGACGACUCGUUUUUGCAGUGAUGGGGACGGUCUUGGGUACAGAUAUUUUUUGAUGGGGAGCAGGGUGGACAUGGCGAUAGAUGGUUUAUGACGGGGCAUCAUGUCCAACGGACCACAAGGGGGGCACAUUCAACAAGGCUACGGUGGACAAAAGGAAGUCUCGAACUAGAGGUAGCUAAGAAUACCACACAGGCGCGGCUAAUAGACUCGGCCCGUACACAUCGUCAACCCGUCCGGUCAGCCUACAAGCCUCUACACCAUCCAGGUCAAGCCCCCUUUCACCACAACGACCUCAUCGGCCACGCCGGGCCAACAAACACAAUCUUUCAUGACCAGCGCAUUCUCCUCAUCCCACAAGCAACAGGGGUUUCAACACCUUCAGGCGCUAUAGCCCAGCGGUUGAUAUGGAACACUCAGCCGGGGUCGUGGGAUUUCCACAUGUCUUACGAGACGGACCUCGACCCCUUGAGU